GGCUGGGGGGGGGUCACAUGACAGGUCACAUGACACGGCGUGGAGCGGGCUAGUCUGCAGGACGCCGCCAUGGCCGAGCGGUCGCCGUUGCUCAACUACCGGCUGUUCGCGGCGCCUGAACCGGCCGGUAGCGGCCGGAGAAAAGCCUCGCCCCCCAAACUCUCCACCUUCCUCGGCGUCGUGGUGCCCACCCUGCUCUCCAUGUUCAGUGUGGUGCUCUUCCUGCGCAUCGGUUUCGUUGUUGGUCAAGCAGGACUGUACCAAACGAUCCUUAUGUUCAUCGUGGCAUAUCUGAUCAUCAGCAUGACGGUGCUGUCUGUGUGUGCCAUCUCCACAAAUGGUGCUCUGGACGCUGGUGGAGCCUACUAUAUGAUCAGUCGAGCCCUGGGACCGGAGUUUGGAGGCAGCCUUGGAGUAUUGUUCUUCUUUGCAAAUGUGUGCGGGAGUGCUCUCUAUGUCCUGGGUCUUGUUGAAUCCAUAGUUGACACUUUUGGUUUGCCGCCAGGGCAAACCACGAGCAGUGGCAUUCAAGUCCUCCCACACUCCUACUGGUAUGAAAUUCUCUAUGGCACCGUGAUUCUCAUCAUCUGCCUCCUUGUCUGCUUGGUUGGAGCUGACAUCUACGCCAAAGCCACCUUCAUAAUUUUUAUCAUCGUUAUUGUGGUCAUCAGCACAAUAUUUAUCAGCUUCUUUGUAGUAUCACCAAAAUCUAUUAAUAUUACAGUGACAUCGGGGAAUAAUACGGAAUUUCGAGAGGGCCUAUAUACUGGAUUUAACCUGUCAACCCUAAAGAGCAAUCUUCCAUCUAAGUAUGUUGCCGACUACACGACUGGCGUGGUGAUGGAUUUUGCUGCUGUUUUUGCCGUCAUGUUCAAUGGGUGCACUGGUAUUAUGGCUGGAUCCAAUAUGUCAGGUGAUUUAAAGAACCCCAGCUAUUCCAUUCCCAGAGGCACUAUAACAGCUGUAAUUUUUACAUACAUCGUAUACAAUAUUUUAUCUCUCAUGAUCAGCUGUACAUGUGACAGAUUUCUUCUCCAAAAUAAUUAUGGCUUCCUGGAGGACAUCAACGUCUGGCACCCUUUUGUCAUAAUCGGCAUCUACUCUUCAACUCUGUCGGCUGCAAUGAGCAAUUUGAUUGGAGCAUCAAGAAUUCUCUAUGCACUUGCUAAGGACAAUAUAUUUGGUAAGCUGCUCACACCUGCGAAGAAGACCUCUGCCAGUGGAAACCCCUGGGCUGCUGUUCUGAUCUCCUGGGUCUUUGUCCAGCUGGUGUUGUUUACGGGCAAACUGAAUACAAUUGCUGGAAUCGUGACCAUCUUCUUUCUGCUGGUCUAUGCCGCCGUGGAUCUCGCCUGCCUAGCUCUCGAAUGGGCCUCCGCACCAAAUUUCAGGCCAACGUUUCGUUACUUCACCUGGCACACUUGUGUGCUGGGCAUUAUUGGUUGUGCAAUUAUGAUGUUCCUGAUCAGCCCCAUCUAUGCUUCAUGCAGCAUUGCAUUCAUGCUGAUACUGCUGCUGGUACUACACUAUGUCUCACCCUCUAGCAGCUGGGGUUACAUCAGUCAAGCUCUAAUCUUCCAUCAGGUUAGAAAGUAUCUUCUCAUGCUAGAUGUCCGUAAAGAUCAUGUCAAGUUCUGGCGUCCACAAGUUCUGCUCAUGGUUGCCAAUCCUAGGACAAGCACUCAACUCAUUUGUUUCUCAAAUGAUCUGAAAAAAAGUGGAUUGUAUGUGCUUGGCCACGUCCAGACUGGAGACCUAGAUGAGAUGCCGUCUGAUCCUCUCCAAACACAGUAUGAUUCCUGGUUAAGUCUGGUUGAUGCACUGAAUGUUAAAUCAUUUGUCAGCCUUACUCUCUCUGACUCAGUCCGUCAUGGAGUUCAGCAUCUUUUAUUCAUCUCUGGUCUAGGUGGAAUGAGACCCAAUACCCUAAUCCUGGGGUUCUACGAUGACUCUGUUCCUGAGGAUGGUCUGCAGCAAAUCCCAGCUUUUUCAGAAAGUAGUCUUUCAAUCAGCAGUGAUCAAGGUUCCAGCCUUCUGCCUCAUUUCCCUCCAGCCAGACAUCGUUCCGCUGCCAAGGCGCUGUCAGGCAGGGAGUAUGUUGGCAUUAUCUCCGAUUCCAUCAAAAUGUUAAAAAAUGUUUGCUUAGCCCGAUACUUCAACCAGCUAAACAAAGCUGACCUGUUCAGUCGGAAGAACUACGAGGUCUCCAUAGAUGUGUGGCCACUCAAUCCACUCCGUCCAGACAGCGCCAGUUAUGUAGAUACAUGCAGCCUGUUCCUGUUACAAAUGGCGUGCAUUCUCAACAUGGUGCGUUCCUGGAGGAAAGCCAGGCUGCGCAUCUUUCUGUGUGUGGAAUCUGGGAACAGUGCUGGGGAGCACGAGAAGAAACUGAAACAACUUCUAGGUCAGCUUCGCAUCAAAGGUUCAAUUAAAACUCUCCACUGGGAUAGUGUUGCUGCUCUACACUGGCACAAGCAGGUGCCUGACCACAGUAAUAACGAAGGGAACUUUGUCAAUAAUUUCCCUUCAAAUGCAAUGAAAAUCUCUAACGACUAUUUGAUAGCUGUAAAUAGAAUGAUUCUGGAGCAGGACACCCACCCAGCAAUCCGCUUCCUCUAUCUGCCUCGACCACCAGCAGACCUUGCUCUGCAUGAAAGGUAUCUGGAGCAGCUGGAGAUCUUGACCAGAGACCUGGGACCUACGCUGCUAAUUCAUGGAAUUAGUGCAGUCACCAGUUUUGAUAUUUAGAUAGUGCACUUUAAACCAUUGGCUGCAUUGGUUAAGCACAGAGCUGUUAGUAUGUUGCUAGGUUGUUAGUAAAGGUGCAAGGUUGGGAAAAGCUCCAAUUGGACAGUAGAUUACAUUUUUUGAACCUAAAUAGAAAGGUUGGGGUCGUUGGCUCUGCGACUUAUAGUCCUUUAGGUGCUCCUGAUCUUUCUCCUUUGAAAAUUAAGCAGCGAUGUUCCCCCGAGUCUAUCCACACAUUCAGCACUUCAAUCUGAUAAAGUCUCGGGAAGUUGAAUUAUUCUGCAAAAGGGCUUUUAAAGCUUGCAUCAAAUCUGUCCUAUCAUAGACAAUAGGUGCACGAGUAGGCCAUUCAGCCCUUCGAGCCAGCACCGCCAUUCAAUGUGAUCAUGGCUGAUCAUUCUGCUUCUAUAACAUGCAAUGAAAAUAGUUAUGAAUACUAAGGGUUCACAACCAGCUUCCUCUGUUAGGUAUGAUUAACCUGUUUCAUAGAAAUCAGAAGUGAUACUCUAUUUCAGCAGCAAUAAUGCAAUACUUUUAGUCAGAUUUAGUUUAGUUUAGAGAUACAGCUUGGAAACAGGCCCUUUGGCCCACUGAGUCCACACCGACCAUCAAUCAA